CCCACGGCCCGGCUGGGUGCGCAGCGCUCGGAGGCUGAGCUCUUCUAAUCCGCCCGCCUGCGGGCUCCAGAGCUGCACACCCUACUGGAAUCCGGAGCGCAGCGCCCCGGGGCGAAGGGACGCGGCGAUGGCUCCGCGAGGACUCCCGGGGUCCGCUGUCCUAGCUGCUGCUGUCUUCGUGGGUGGUGCCGUGAGUUCGCCUCUGGUGGCCCCGGGCAAUGAUGGCAGCCAGUCGCACUUCAGAACCGAGACGACACCCUCACCCACAAACAACACUGGGAACGGACACCCAGAGUACAUCGCGUACGCGCUUGUCCCUGUGUUCUUCAUCAUGGGUCUCUUUGGUGUCCUCAUCUGCCACCUGCUUAAGAAGAAAGGCUAUCGUUGCACAACAGAAGCCGAGCAAGACGUGGAAGAAGAAAAGGUUGAAAAGAUAGAGUUGAACGACAGUGUAAAUGAAAAUAGUGACACCGUUGGCCAGAUUGUCCACUACAUCAUGAAGAAUGAAGCAAAUGCUGAUGUUUUAAAAGCUAUGGUGGCAGAUAACAGCCUGUACGACCCUGAAAGCCCCGUGACCCCCAGCACUCCUGGGAGCCCGCCUGUGAGCCCCGGGCCCUUGUCACCAGGGGCCACCCCAGGGAAGCACGUCUGCGGCCACCAUCUGCACACAGUGGGCGGUGUUGUUGAGCGGGACGUGUGUCAUCGGUGUAGGCACAAGCGGUGGCACUUCAUAAAACCGACCAACAAGUCCAAAGAGGGCCGCUCAAGGCGCCAAGGAGAGGUCACCGUCCUCUCUGUGGGCAGGUUUAGAGUUACAAAAGUGGAGCACAAGUCAAAUCAGAAGGAGCGGAGAAGUUUGAUGUCGGUCAGUGGGCCCGAGGGUGUCAAUGGGGAGGUGCCUGUGACACCUGUGAAGAAAGAGCAAAGUGACACAGAAUAGUAGGAGUGACUUCACUUGAAGAGUUCUAAGAGACUGAAAACUUAUGACAUAUGAAGUUGCCUAGGGAAUUAUUUUUUUAUCUUUUAUACAAUUUCUAGGGUGGAGUCUGCAGGCAUGUGGAUGAAAGCUAAAAGGGAAUGUUGUUGCUAUGCUGGACACAGAAUUCAGUUUGCUUUGAAGCAAGUUUUGGUUUAAAAAAAUGUCUGAUGAAAAAUUGAUUACAUUUUCAGGGAGGAAGAGAGUUCAUUUUUUUAUCUUCCCAGCCAUCACCCCCUCCCAGUCUCCCAUUGGUGGCCUUGGUGUACACACUCCAGUUUUUCCAGUACGAGCACUGUGUACAGUGAAACUAUUCGUGUACAGUCUGAGCUAAUACUCAGGGUGCGUGUGCGUGUGUACAUGCGUGUCUGUGUGUGUGUGUUUCUGUUCCCCAACCCUCAGAUCUCAUUUGGCUACUGGUUGUCAGAAGAUCCUCUCACAGUUUAACUGUUACAGAAGAUAGAAGAUGAAUCUUUGGUGGUGAAGGCUUCUUGAAGAUAAUCCAGUCUAGCCCUGGGCAGUGAAUCCCCCAGAAGAUCACAGAGUCAGAGGGAGCCAGGUGCUAGAGUUUGGAUUCCGAGACCAGAAUUCAGCCCAGACCUGCUACCAGCCUGCCACUCCUAGGUCACUUAUAAAAUAUUGAGAGUUUGGGUUGUUCUUGUGUUUGUUUUUUUUAACUCAACCUAAGCAAAUCUUACUUAGCCAUUGAAUAAAGGAGGAAAUGGUUUAAAGUCACUAAGAAGAAGUCUUGUUUUGAUAAAACAAGACAGUCUCCACUUUCGGUACAAGAUGGGCCCACACCUCCCUUUGGUAUGUUGUCCUUGGUGAGUUUCCUGUUCUCUGUCUUGUAACUCAUGCUCCCUAUAAAGGACUCUUGAGGAUUACUUUCCCCUGUAGGCAUGGAAUACCCUACCGGUUUUGGGUAUUUGGGUUUUUUUUUUAACUUUGCAGUUUACAAAACACCUGAAAGGACCCAGAGGCAAGGUAGCAGUACAUUUGCGGUAGGUCUGGGUCAGGGGGUGAGGGCGUCCAGUCACAGGGAAAUCUCUGAGACCUGCCUCCAUGGAUGGCAGUGUUGGUGUGGUGCCUUGGAUACUUCUUUUAUUUCGAAAAGAAAACACAUUUCUCAUUUGACUCACAAAAGAUGAUUCCCAUCAAAAUGUACUUUAUAUUACUGUAAAUAUACUCAUUUCAUUCUUUUUUUUUGGCAUCAAACUAAAAAUUUCUAACCUUUUAAAUGAAUGGUUGGUUCAAUUUCACAUGAAUUUUUGCUGACAACUAGUUAAAAGGUGUAUGUGUGUAUGUAAAUACACACAAUGGACUCGAAGAAGUCAGUGUGGAAGUAAAUUUCACUGAGGUCCAGAAAGUAGCAACAUAGGAAUUUUGGGGGUGUGUAUUAGUGUAAAUAAUGUAUGUGCAGUCUAGACCAACCAUUUUAGUUUUUAAAAAAUCAUUUUUUUGUUUUAAAAUUAUUUUGCCCUCCAAAUGGUGAGGGAUAAAGUAUAAGAUAUUCUUUAGCUUUAAUUAUUUUUUAAUUUUAUUCAAAUCAGAGCACUUUUUUUUGAUAGCAAUACAACAGGCAAGAAAAUACUCAGAAAUAUUUAAAAUUGUAUUUAUACUAAGAGCACGUUUUAAAUAUUUUCUAAUCCUUGAGCAGUGGUUUUCCAGGUGGCUUCGAAUAUGCCAAAUGUUAAGCAAUUCAAUAUUUUCAACACAUAUGCUUUUUACUGGUUCAUAUUAUCUAAUAAGGAUUCCUGAGUGUUCCCAAAGCAACUGAUGUUUACAGGGCUUCUGUGUUUUUCCUCCUACUUUGGAAGGUUCAGGGAACCACAACAAAGUAACUGUAUAAAACACUAAUGCUGGACUAACUGCUGAUGUGAUAAGUGAGUUGGCUACCACCUUGAUGUCAACAUUUGUAAAGGGAAUUUUUCACCAUUUUGAGUGUCAGAUGUAUUUUUAACUGUCCGGUUUGUACUUUUACGGCUUUUGUACUACCAAAGCAGAGUUAAAAAUAAAAACGUUAAACACA